AAGAACCAAUCACGGCAACGUUUGCUCGGUGAAGGCUGAGUCAACAUGGCGGCUCUCUGAGUUUAGUAGGAAGAGGCUAUGUGUAAAUAAACAACCCUGGAGGCAAUAGGCAUCAUCUCUAAACAUUUGUCAUUUCGUGAUUCAUGAAAUACUGUACAGCAGACAGAAAAUGUCAAACGACGGCAACAAAAAACAAUUCUGGAAAAGAAACACUGCUAAGGUCCCUGGAAGCAUACAACAUGUGUAUGGAGCUCAGCACCCACCUUUUGACCCCCUCCUCCAUGCCAAUCUAAUGAAGGCUGGAAACAAGGCGCAGUCCCUGACGCCGGGGAAACCAAAGAAAGCCACCACCUUCCAGGAGUUCGAGAGCAUCACCAGCGACGCCUGGGACGUCGGGGACGACGAUGACGAGCUGCUCGCCACCGCCGCCCAGAACCUCAACAUCGAGGUCGUCAUGGAGACGGCCAACAAGGUGAUCGAGAACCACAGCAAGCUGCAGGAGCAGCAGCAGAAGCAGCCGGAGGCCGGGCCCGAGAAGGACGAGGAAGAGGAGGAGCAGCAGGACGAAGAGGAAGCGGAGGAGCCCGUCCCGGAGCUGACGUUCGGCUCGGAGCCCCGCCCCCACUUCGCCGAGAGCCGGAUGGUGAAGUCGCUGAGCGAGGCGCACCUCGAGUCAUCGAAAGAUGGGGCGGCGGAGAGGGUGGCCCUGCAGCGGCAGCAGUCCCUCCCCCAUCGGCCCGUCAUCCCGCUGGUGGCCCGCAUGGCGGACCAGAACACGUCCGGGGCGCUCGUCAUGACCGAGAGGGAGGCGUCCCGUCUGGACAAGUUCCGGCAGGUCCUGGCCGGGCCCAACACUGACCUCGAUGAGCUCCGGAAACUCAGCUGGUCCGGAAUCCCGCGGCAAGUCCGUCCAAUCACGUGGAAGCUCCUGUCCGGCUACCUCCCGGCCAACACGGAGAGGAGGGAGAGCACGCUCCAGCGGAAACGCCAGGAGUACUUCGGCUUCAUCCAGCAGUAUUACGACUCCCGGAACGACGAGCACCACCAGGACACCUACAGACAGAUUCACAUUGACAUUCCGAGAACUAAUCCUCUUAUUCCUCUCUUUCAACAAGCUUCUGUGCAAGAGAUCUUUGAGCGAAUCCUUUUCAUCUGGGCCAUCCGCCACCCCGCCAGUGGGUACGUGCAGGGCAUCAACGACCUCGUCACUCCCUUCUUUGUCGUUUACGUCUUCGAAUACAUCGAGGAAGAGGUGGAAAAUUUCGAUGUUUCCAGCUUGCAGGAGGAAGCUCUGCGGAACAUUGAGGCUGACAGCUUCUGGUGCAUGAGCAAGCUGCUGGACGGCAUUCAGGACAACUACACCUUCGCCCAGCCGGGGAUCCAGAGGAAGGUGCGCGCUCUGGAGGAGCUGGUUAGCCGGAUCGACGAGUCCGUGCACCGUCACAUGCAGCAGUAUGAGGUGGAGUACCUGCAGUUCGCCUUUCGCUGGAUGAACAACCUUCUGAUGAGGGAGCUGCCACUGCGCUGUACCAUCCGGCUGUGGGACACUUACCAGGCCGAGCCGGAGGGGUUCUCCCAUUUUCACCUGUACGUGUGCGCCGCCUUCCUGGUGCGCUGGCGGAAGGAGAUUCUGGAAGAGAAGGACUUCCAGGGACUCAUGAUCCUGUUGCAGAACCUACCCACCAUGCACUGGGGCAACGAAGAAGUCAGCGUCCUCCUGGCCGAGGCCUACAGGUUGAAGUUUGCCUUCGCCGACGCGCCCAAUCACUACAAGAGAUGAGAACCGCUCACGGCCUGCGGAAGCACUAAACUCAAAGCCCCCCCCCCCCCCCCCCCCCCAUUCCCAGCUCCACGGCUCCAGUGAGAUAGGUUUGCUUUUUUCUAUUCCGUGUACAGUUGUUAGAAACUGGCUCCUCAGCCUCGCUCUGAUAUUAUAAAUGCUCACAGUGGCUGCUGCCAGCCACAAAAGAGGAAGCGGAGGCGGAGGCAGAGAAAUUACCGUCAAGCUCAUAAUGGUCCUGAGCCGUUUUUUUGGAAUGAAUUAGCAUGCCAAAUUAGUGCGCCUAUUUCUUCUUUUUUUUUUUUUUUUGCUUAAUUAUGUCUAAUACCGUAGCAUUACCUUCAUGCGCUUCACAUGAAAUAAUCUCCAUCGUAACAAAGAAAUCCGGGUUACUUUAAAUAGACUUGACGAUAACGAAAGAGAUUUUAUAGUAAAGAUGAGGCGUUUUUGUAAUGGGGCAAACGUGCGUAAUGUGCACACCCACAGUUACAGCGGCACUUUAAAGCGAUGAUCUGUUUCUUUCGGCACGCUUGUUAAUCAUGCGAUACAGCCCAGAACUGAUUCAGGAUGAUUAUCACAGGUAAGGGCUCUGCCUCCCAGCGCUCCAGCUCUCUGGCUUCCUCCUUCUACACACUCCGUUGACACCUGUGGCCCGUCUGACGUAAUGAAGCCUGAGCCGACUUAAAAAAAAAAAAAAAGCUGACGUUUACAAAACCGCAGCCCGGUUUCCGCGGGAUCGAUACCCUAUCCCUGUAUCCCGUGUGUUUCCUGGCAAAGGUUUUCAUGGAAUCUGAUUGGUUUUCAGGAAUCAUAUUACCGGCCAUGACGGGAGACAGAGCUCGUUAAUUUACAGCCCUGCUGUUUGAUUGGCCGAGAGCUGUGACCGUGACGCGGGUCAGAGACAGGUCUUUUCCCUCGCAUGGAACUGGUUUCGACUAGAACGCCAAGGCCAGGCAGGCCGAGAUCUUGGUCUUUCACCCUGGAGAAGAUAUAUGUGCAUCUGCACGCCCAUGCACACACACACACACACACACACGCACACAUGCACACUCUCUCCAUACACCCUGUCCUGCACUUCUUGGAGUGCUAUCUACAUCCUAAAACUCGAGCAUAAGCAUUACAUUGUGUUUCUAAGAAUUUUCUGACGGUAGUGGCAUAUGAAAUAGAUUUGAUCCAAGGCGACGUAAAAAGCAUGCUUUUGUCAUACUUUAUAUUAAACGGUAUUAAAAAUCAUAGAUAUUUGUUUCCUCCCCUCUCAAAACAAGUCUAAAGCUAACCCUUUUUUAACCAAGGACUACCUCAGGAACUUGUCGGGUUCGAGUCAUCAUUAAAGUGAAUGUAGGAGGGUGUGGUAAUCCAUCGUCACGUGACACUUACAGCCAUUUUGAUUCCUUAAACGCUCGUCUUUUUGCCGCCGAAGGAUUUCCUCAGUUUGCCUUAACCUGGCCGAUUCGCUUCUGUCUGCGGUGGAAGGCAGAGGUGCGAUGCUCUUUGUUCGUGGUUGCAGUAACAUAGAGGUCUCGAUAUUAUUCAUGCGAAUUAGAAGUUGCAGUACGUGCUUUUUUUUUUUUUUGAAAACUCCUGUUGGAUAACCCCCAGAUUAACCGUAGAAGACGCUUGACCCCAUUCGCUGUUUUACACGCACCGCUGCCACGCUCGGGGGGUGGGGUGGGGGGGGGGGGGCAGGGGGGGGUUGUUUGCCCCCAAGAUGAUCAUGUCUUUUGGUGUUUGAGGCAUCGGGAGAAAAACAGCUCUUAUAUUUUCUUUGAACAUGACAGGCUUUAAUGUGUAUGUAUGUGCCAGAUCUACCGCUUGUUUCUUAUUCUUGGUGGCUAGAAGAAGCUACAUUUGACAAAAGGUCUAUUUUUUUUCCAUUUUGUAUAAAAUAUAUUCUUUCAAUCUGCGUUUUAUUUCCAUUGUUUUUUUUAACAACUGUUUACACGAGCCUAUAAUGUUGUGCCUAAUGAGAGUGAUACUACAUUAUAGAUAUUUAUUUUAUUUUUAUGAUAAUUGAUGAUCCCCCGGCAAUUAACAGUAGGACAAAAUCAUGAAAAACGGAUCCAUUCGUGCUCUCGAUCUCUGGAGUUGCGUCAUACCUUCUGCCUUUUUCUUUUCCUUAGAUGUGAAAACUCUUUGCUGUACAGUAUGAGUUCAUGCCAUGUUAACCAGGGAUCCCAACGCCCAGUCCUGGAGAGGGCUGCAGCGUCUGUAGGGUUUUGGGGUUUCAGCACUGGAGUGCUUAAUUGAAGCCGUUGAUUGGCUAAAAUGUCCACUCAGUUUUUUUUGCAAGGCCUAAAUUGGCUUCUGAUUGAAAGGAGGCCUCAGAAACCAGCGGACACCGUUAGCCUUCAGGGCUGCGGACUGGGACCCUGAUGUAGGCUGUGGGCUUUGAGCUGCGUACACACUUACGCAAUUCAGUUGCACAUCUGGGGAGCGUUAACAUCUAAAUGCAUAGGCACAGAUAUCCCCACUCUACGUUACCAGUAGUUUUUUUUUUUUAAUGAUCGUGAGGCGUAGGGCAGUACAUUUGAAUAUAUGAUAGCAUGUUUUCCGAUGGAAUAUAAUAAUAAGACAUUUUCAAAUAAACUGGAAAACCAUUCUACUAAUUGUGUUUAAGUGAUGACCAGCGGAGUGCAGAUGACAAGAUAGCACUCAUUUUCAAAUUUGAUGGAAGCAAAUUGUGGCCCGCAGAUCUCAUACUGAAAUCAGGGGCUCUGGAUUAUAAACAGAUGGCUUAGCUGGGCUCAGCGCUACAACGUGCAAUUAAGUUGUGCAGUCAUAUCACCUGAGAGUGUGGGUGUGUACGUGGCAUGACAUUUACCCGCGAAUAUGAACUUCAAGUUGCCAUGGAGAUCUACAGAGUAUUAGUUCCAUGGUGCUCAGCAUCCAUUCAGAUCACAGACGCAUACUGUAUAUCAAUAUGAGCUUCUAGGGGAAUGUGACCUCUGGAAUUUGGUGGUUUGAUUGUUUUUUUUUUUUCUUUUCUUUUCUUCUUCUUCACUUGGGACAAGUGUGAAACGUUUAGAAAUCUACAGAUACCAAAACUGAGAUGGGUCCGCCCAACGACCCAUGCCGGAACAUCUGGGAGGGUAGCUUAUUGCAGUAAAAACGUGCGUGAAUUUGAAAUGAUGUACAAAGUAAUGCAUUUUGAAACGAAGACCUGUAAAUAGAAACAAAUGUGUAAAUAAAUACUAUAUGACAGAAUAA